CCCCUGGCCUGAGAGUUCAAAAAGUGGGAUUUGGCCCACUUGGAAUGGAAUUUAUUUCUUCUUCUGCAUUUGCAGCCCAACUUUCCCUCCAGGAACCUCAAGGUGGGGCACAUGGUUCUCCUCCCUCCUCCUCAUGGAAUCCCCACAACAACAACCUUGUGAGGUGGGUCAGGCCAAGAGAAGGCAGUGACCACCCCCCCCCCCGGUCAUCUUCAGCAAGCUUUACAGCCACUGGGUGGGGGAUUCAAAUCCCCGUCUCUCCCAGAUCCUAGUCCUCAUUGAAGCCCCACAACAACCCUGUGAGGUCGGUUAGGCGGAGCGGCAGUGCCUGCCCCACAGUCACCCAGUGCCCUUUUGUCCAAGUGGGGAUUCAAACCCUGGUCUUGCUCCUAGUCCUCAUGGAAUCCCCACAACAGCCCUGUGAGGCAGGCCAGGCCGACAGAAGGAGGCGGACACUGCCUUGAGCUCACACCCAGCAACCUUCAUGGCUGGCUGGGGGCACUUGAACCCUGGUCUCGCCUGGGUCCUGGCCCGGCACUCUAACCACUACACCGCCGCUGCCUCUUUUUACACCCUGACAAUCUUUUCCUGACCUUCAGGGUCUGCUCAGCCUUGCUGGACCACAGCGAUGGCCUUCUGCAGGGAGCUCCCUUUCCGCUGCCCACGGCGGCGAUGGGACCCAGGUGUCCGAGGGGGCAUCAGAGGAGGAGGCUGCUGGCCACCCCUCCGUCUGUUGGCCUGGCCAGGAUUCCAGAUUCCUCUGAUGUCGCAGCGGAACAGAGGGACCCCCCCAUCCAACGACUGACCUCCAAAGCGGUCAGGCAUGGAGUUUGUCACUGGCUACCGGGCCGAGAUCCUGGACUUUGCUGAGCUGCUCUUCAGCUGGUACCGGCGCUUCCUGUUGGACUCGGCCUGCCGGCGAGGCAGCGAGCGCCGCAAACGCCAGGAGGGCUCCAUCCGGCGCCUGCCCCCGGAUCCGGCCCUCUGGGUGCUGCACGCCUUGCCCAACCGGGCGCUGGCCUUCACCGUGGCCGACCCGGGGCAGCAGGUGGGCGGCCGUUUCUACAGCGAGGAGGCGCUGGCCCUGGGGGACCUGGAGCGCUUCAUCACCUUCGUGGGCGCUGGCGAGGAGGAUGACGAGGAGGCCACACCUGAGACAGGCCAGCCGCUCUGGCGCGUGGAGCACCUCCUGCUGCUGACGGACGAGCACGGCAGCAUCCUGGGCUUUGACUUCCAGCUGGGGGGGUCCUGGGCAGGGGCCAUGGGGGCCGAGCAGCCGCUGGAGCCCCGCGCCGUCGCCCUCCUGUGCCACAGCAUGAUCUGCCCUCUGGGCGCAGGGGAGCCACGCAGGCCCAAGCUGCUCACCGUGGGAGACGCGGCCUUGCACAAGUCCCUGGAGCCGCUGCUCUCGAGGCUGGGGGUGAAGAUGAGCAAGGGCCCGAUGCGCGGCUGGGGCCCCAAGCCGGCCUUCACGUUCCCCACCACCCGUGUGCGGGCCUGCCACGUCUGCAAGAGGUACAGCUUCGAGGGACAAGUCACGGCGUGCCAGCACUGCAGGGCCGUCCUGUACUGCUCCGAGCGCUGCCGCAAGCUGGACUGGAACCGCAGCCCCGAGGACAUCGGGCACCAGUUCUGGUGCCAGCGCAUGGCUGGGUACAUGAGUCGCACCCGGGAGCUAGCCAACCUUCCUUUCACCUUCACAGCAGAGGUGACCAGCGAGAACUUCAACAAAGAGGGCUUCCUCUCUGCCAGGGGUCUGACCCGCGGCUACUGGGCCGGAGAGAGCAUGCUGGUCAGGGCACCCGACUACGGCGUGGGGCUCCAGGGGGGUCCCGAGAAGCCCGUGCCCUUCCUGCAAAGCGGGAACCCCUUUGAGGCGCUACGGCCGGAAGGAGGGACGGCUCUUCCACCAGCCCCCCCAGAGCCUCCCAUGCCCCGGACAUUCUUUGGGUCCUGGAAGGAGUAUUACCAGUGGCGGGGGCUGCCCCUUGGAGCCCCUCUGGCCGUCCUCCUCAGCUACCCCCUCACUGCCUACUACAUCAUCACCCAACUGGCCCCUCAGCACUUUCCUGAGCUGAACAUCCUGAACAAGCAGUCUCUCAAGAUCCACGUGGUAGAGGCAGGCAAAGAAUUUGGGGUUCUGAUGGUCUUCUGGGAGUUGUCAGUGCUGCUGCCCCAUGUCUCUCUGGAGCUUCUGUUUGUGGGGGACGCCCUGCCCCCCCAGUUGGACGGCCAGCAGUUUCUUCUUCAGAGGGAUGAGGAGCAAGGCGUCUCUGUCCGGCCUGGCCUGGCCCCCAGAUGCAAGGGGGGGCGGCGUGAACUGCAGUUUGGGUUCAGCGCCCGCCCCUACCACCUCCUGCAGGCGCCCAAGCCGGAUCUGGUCAUUGGGUUCAACUCUGGAUUUGCCCUCAAGGAGACUUGGCGGAGUUCUCUGCCGCGACUUCAGUCCCUUCGGGUGCCGGCCUACUUCACCGAAUGCAGCGAGUACAGCUGUGCCGUGGAUGAGGCUGCCGUCUCCAUGGCGACGGGGGGCAGCACCAGCCCUGCCCAGAUCAACCCUUUCCGCUCGCCUUUCCGCCAGGCCGGAAUCGACAACGCCAUGCCCUGGUGGGUACCCCAGUUGCGGUUCUGGCAAAGCCUGUCACUUCUGACCCCCCCCUGCCCCAGAAGGUACUCCAACGCCUUCAUCUUCCACCUGAUCUACAAGGCCUCCUCAGCCAGCAACCACCGGCAGACCCCCGCCCCUCUGCCCCAGGCCCUGCCACCCAGCGGGAACGCUGACCCCCCCGAGGCAGCCCGGAGCAGGCGCAAGGAGAAGAGGCAGAUCCGGGCGGCAGGGCGGCGGCGCAAGUGACAGGGGUGUGGAGCACAGAAGGGAGAGGGCAAGGCGGGCAAAAUAAUAAAGAGGAAUGGGCAAA